CUGGACUCGAUAUUUAUGCUGCUGGAGGAAAACAUCAUCACUUUUGUGAAGAACGAGCUGAAGAAGAUCCAGAAGGUUCUGAGUCCAGAGUACACAGAAUGCUUAAAGAGUCCAAGGGAGGAUGGUGAACAGGGUAGGAGCAGCAGAGAGGCAUUUGUGAAGAUUAUUGUGGACUUCCUGAGGAGAAUGAAGGAGGGGGAGCUGGCUGACCAUCUGCAGAGCAAACUUCCAGCUGCAAUUUGUCAGCCUAACCUUAAAUCUAACCUGAAGAAGAAGUUCCAGUGUGUGUUUGAGGGCAUCGCUAAAGCAGGAAACCCAACCCUUCUGAAUCAGAUCUACACAGAGCUCUACAUCACAGAGGGAGGGACUGCAGAGGUCAAUGAUGAACAUGAGGUCAGACAGAUUGAAACAGCAUCCAUUAAAACAGACAGACCAGAAACAACAAUCAGACAAGAAGACAUCUUUAAAGCCUCACCUGGAAGAGAUGAACCAAUCAGAACAGUGCUGACAAAGGGAGUGGCUGGCAUUGGGAAAACAGUCUUAACACAGAAAUACACCCUGGACUGGGCUGAAGACAAAGCCAACCAGGACAUCCAGUUCAUAUUUCCGUUCACUUUCAGAGAGCUGAAUGUGCUGAAAGAGGAAAAGUUCAGCUUGGUGGAACUUGUUCAUCACUUCUUUACUGAAACCAAAGAAGCAGGAAUCUGCAGAUUUGAAGACUUCCAGGUUGUGUUCAUCUUUGAUGGUCUGGAUGAGUGUCGACUUCCUCUGGACUUCCACAAAACUACAAUCCUAACUGACCCUAGAAAGUCCACCUCAGUGGAUGUGCUGCUGAUAAACCUCAUCAGGGGGAAACUGCUUCCCUCUGCUCGCCUCUGGAUAACCACACGACCUGCAGCAGCCAAUCAGAUCCCUCCUGACUGUGUUGGCAUGGUGACAGAGGUCAGAGGGUUCACUGACCCACAGAAGGAGGAGUACUUCAGGAAGAGAUUCAGAGAUGAGGAGCAGGCCAGCAGGAUCAUCUCCCACAUCAAGACAUCACGAAGCCUCCACAUCAUGUGUCACAUCCCAGUCUUCUGCUGGAUCACUGCUACAGUUCUGGAGGAUGUGCUGGAAACCAGAGAGGGAGGACAGCUGCCCAAGACCCUGACUGAGAUGUACAUCCACUUCCUGGUGGUUCAGGCCAAAGUGAAGAAGGUCAAGUAUGAUGGAGGAGCUGAGAAAGAUCCACACUGGAGUCCAGAGAGCAGGAAGAUGAUCGAGUCUCUGGGAAAACUGGCUUUUGAUCAGCUGCAGAAAGGAAACCUGAUCUUCUAUGAAUCAGACCUGACAGAGUGUGGCAUCGAUAUCAGAGCAGCCUCGGUGUACUCAGGAGUGUUUACACAGAUCUUUAAAGAGGAGAGCGGACUGUACCAGAACAAGGUGUUCUGCUUCAUCCACCUGAGUGUUCAGGAGUUUCUGGCUGCUCUUCAUGUCCAUCUGACCUUCAUCAACUCUGGAUUCAAUCUGCUGGAAGAAAAACACCUGAAAUUGUUCAAGUUAUUUAGAAAACAAGAAUCAAGGAGUGAAGCCAAAUCCGCAGAGACAGUCUUCUACCAGAGUGCUGUGAAGAAGGCAAUAAAAAGUCCAAAUGGACACCUGGACUUGUUCAUCCGCUUCCUUCUGGGUCUUCAACUGCAGACCAGUCAGACUCUCCUACGAGGUCUGCUGACACAGACAGGAAGUAGCUCACAGACUAAUAAGAAAACAGUCCAGUACAUCAAGAAGAAGCUCAAUGAGAAUCUGUCUGCAGAGAAAAGCAUCAACCUGUUCCACUGUCUGAAUGAAUUGAAUGAUCGUUCUCUAGUGAAGCAGAUCCAACAGUCCCUGAGAUCAGGAAAUCUCUCCACAGAUGAACUGUCUCCUGCUCAGUGGUCAGCUCUGGUCUUCAUCUUACUGUCAUCAGAAGAAGAUCUGGAUGAGUUUGACUUUAAGAAAUACUCUUCUUCAGAGAAGGCUCUUCUGAGGCUGCUGCCAGUGGUCAAAGCCUCCAACAGAGCUCUACUCAGUUUCUGUAACCUCUCAGAGAGAAGCUGUGAAGCUCUGUCUUCAGUUCUCAGAUCCCAGUCUUCUAGUCUGAGAGAGCUGGACCUGAGUAACAACAAGCUGAAUGAUUCAGGAGUGAAGCUUCUGUCUGCUGGCUUGAAGAGUGAACAUUCUAAACUGGAAACUCUCAGACUGAAUGGCUGUAAUCUCUCAGAGAGGAGUUGUGAAACUCUGUCCUCAGUUAUCAGCUUCAAGUUCUCUAGUCUAAGAGAGCUGGACCUGAGUAACAAUGGCCUGUCUGACUCAGGAGUUAAGAAGCUGUCUUUUGGAGUGGAGAGCCCAUAUUGUAAACUCAAAACUCUCAGACUGAUUGGAUGUGAUCUCUCAGAAAGAAGCUGUGAAGUACUGUCCUCAGUUCUGAGCUCCCAGUUCUCUAGUAUGAGAGAGCUGGACCUGAGUAAAAAUGAAGUCAAGGACGAAGGAGUGAAGCAUCUGUCUGUUGGAGUAAAGAGUCCAUAUUGUGAACUGGAAACUCUCAGUCUGUCAGGCUGUCUGAUCACAGAGGAAGGCUGUACUUCUCUCGCCUCAGCUCUGAGCUCCAAUCCCUCCCAUCUGAGAGAGCUGGACCUGAGCUACAAUCAUCCAGGACUAUCAGGAAUGAAGCUGCUGUUUGCUGGACUGAAGGCUCCAGGCUGGAGACUGGACACUCUCAGGUAUGGAGAGAAUUUCUGAAAGAGGAGGAAGAGC